AUGCGAAGCGUAGCGCUUUCUGCCCUGCUUGUCGUCGCUGUCUCGUCCGUGCACGCCACGGAGGAGCAGCCCAAGCCUGCCUUCACCGCCACCUCCGUCAAGGCUCCUUUCCUCGAACAGUUCACGGAUGACUGGUCACAACGGUGGACCCCCUCGGAGGCCACCAAGAAGACCGCCGUCGGUGGCGAGACCUGGAGCUACGUCGGCAAGUGGGAGGUCGAGGAGCCCCUUGAGCCCGUCCUCGACGGCGACAAGGGCCUCGUCGCCAAGACCAAGGCCGCCCACCACGCCAUCUCCGCCGCCUUCCCCAAGCCGAUCAAGUUCGACGACAAGCCGCUUGUCGUGCAGUACGAGGUCAAGUACCAGAAGGGCGGCAACUGCGGUGGUGGGUACGUCAAGCUCCUUGAGGACGGCUUCCAGACCGCCGGCAAGGAGUUCGACGACAAGACGCCCUGGACUAUCAUGUUCGGCCCCGACUUGACGUGCCCCGGCACGAAGAUCCACUUCAUCUUCCGUCACAAGAACCCCAUCACCAGCGAGUUUGAGGAGAAGCACCUUAAGCUUCCCCCCAAGCCCGCGUUCGGCAAGCACACGAACCUCUAUACCCUCCACGUUUUCCCCAACAACACGUACGACGUGCUGUUCAACGGCGAGAGCUACAACCUCGGAAACUUCCUCGAGGACUUCACCCCUGCCGUCAACCCCGAGGCGGAGAUUGACGACCCUGAGGACUCGAAGCCCGAGGACUGGGUUGACACCAAGCGUAUCGCUGACCCUGAUGCCACCAAGCCCGAGGACUGGGACGAGGAGGCUCCUUACGAGAUCCCCGACGAGGAGGCCGAGAAGCCUGAGGGCUGGCUCGAUGACGAGCCCGAGUUCAUCCCUGACCCUGACGCUGAGAAGCCUGAGGAGUGGGAUGACGAGGAGGACGGCGAGUGGAUCGCCCCCACCGUUCGCAACCCCAAGUGCGACGAGGCUCCCGGCUGCGGCGAGUGGAAGCGCCCUUACAAGGCCAACCCCGCCUACAAGGGCAAGUGGUACGCCCCCAUGAUCGACAACCCCGCCUACAAGGGCGAGUGGGCUCCCCGCAAGAUCCCCAACCCGGCGUUCUUCGAGGACCUCACCCCCGUUAAGAGCCUCGUGCCUAUCGGUGGUGUCGGUAUUGAGCUCUGGACCAUGACCGAGGACAUCCUCUUCGACAACCUCUACGUCGGCAACUCCGUCGAGGACGCGCGCAAGCUCGCCGAGGAGACCUACUUCGUCAAGAAGCCCCUCGAGGAGGCGCUUGAGAAGGCCGCGACCAAGGCCGACGAGGAGGACGAGGACGAGUCGACGGUGUCCUUCAAGGAGGACCCCGCAGAGUUCGUGCGCAGCAAGGUGUUCAAGUUCAUCGAGGCCGCCAAGGUCGACCCUCUCACCGCGUUCAAGACGCACCCCGAGACCGGCGCGAGCCUGGUGCUUUCCGUUGUCACUCUUUUCGGUAUGCUCGGCGUUCUUUUCGGCUUCGUUGGCGCACAGCAGAAGCCCAUCACCAAGAAGACCGACGCUCCUUCCCCCGACGACAAGAAGAAGUCCGAGACGGCGCCCGUCGCGCCCGCAGGUGGCGCCAAGGACGAGACGCCCGUCAAGAAGCGGAAGUAA